CAAAAAAUCCCCCAUUUUUGUUACCCGUCAGUUCUUAUUGAUAGCCUAGGUUUCACGCGUCUUGUCAUCUACAGGUGGCAGCGACUGGCGCUGCUCACAGCUCGGAACCUUUCCCGGUGGUCGUGAGCACAUGGCCGUUCGUGGAGGCGGUGAGAGCUGCUUGGAGAGUCGUUACUGCCGGAUCCUCCGCCGUGGAUGCCGUCGUUGAGGGCUGCUCUACUUGUGAGGAGCUGCGCUGCGAUGGCACAGUUGGACCUGGUGGAAGUCCUGAUGAAAAUGGAGAAACUACAUUAGAUGCUCUUGUUAUGAAUGGGGAUACCUGUAGUCAACAAUGGAGGUCGGAGCUGUGGCUGCUAUGAGAUUUGUCAAGGAUGGCAUAAAAGCUGCUAAAUUAGUUAUGGAGCACACAGAGCAUACUUUGAUUGUUGGAGAGAAGGCCUCAAUUUUUGCGAUUUCUAUGGGUCUACUUGGGCCUUCAAAUUUGAGCUCACCUGAGUCUCUUGAGAAGUGGAUUAGGUGGAAGAGGAACUCUUGCCAACCAAACUUUCGAAAAAAUGUCAUUCCUACGAAUAGCUGUGGCCCUUACUCUUUCAGCGAUGCUGCUUCAACUUCAGCUGCGAAGUCCCUUGCAUCCCCUGCAGAAGGUGACUUAGGGAAAGAUUGGCCUGAAGACAACAAGUUUGUAGCCUCUAAAGCAAAUUCUAUCCCUGUCAGCAAUCAUUACCAUGACACGAUAUCCAUGGCUGUGAUAGAUAAAGCUGGAAGAAUAGCAGUUGGAACAUCAACUAAUGGCGCUACAUUCAAAAUUCCUGGCAGGGUGGGUGAUGGACCGAUUGCAGGAUCUUCUGCAUAUGCUGAUGACGAAGUGGGUGCCUGUGGUGCAACUGGAGAUGGUGACAUUAUGAUGCGCUUUCUUCCAUGUUACCAAGUAGUAGAAAGCAUGAGACAGGGGAUGGAGCCUAAGAUCGCAGCAGCUGAUGCUAUCUCUCGAAUCGCUCGCAAGUUUCCAGAUUUCGUUGGAGCUAUCUUUGCCCUUAACAAGAAUGGUGUGCAUGCUGGGGCUUGCCAUGGAUGGACAUUUCAAUACUCUGUAAGAACACCCACCAUGGAAGAUGUUGAAGUCUUCACUGUGGUACCCUGAAACGGGAAACAAGUUAGGUCAGUUAGAGUAAAUUUUUAAUCAGAAUAUAUUUUAAAUUUACUUUGAUACAAACAUUUUCCCCCUCUAACAUCAUUGGUUUUCUAACUUUGAUGCUGCUUUCUUGGUUAGAAUUUCAUGAAGUUCUAGUUUUGUUUA